GGAGCCGGCGGAGCCGCCCACCGCGGCAGGGCAGGGCAGGUGCGGGGCUGGGGCUCGGGCUGGGGCUCGGGCUCGGCGGGGGAUGCGGUGCCCGGGCGCAGCAUGCUGUGGGGGGUGGGCCUGGCGGCGCCCCGCUCCUGCGUGGCGGACCUGAGCCGCAACCGCAGCCUGUCGCUGGGGUGGUGCGCGGGGCCCGAGGAGCCGCCGCCCGCCCUCUAUGGGGGCGAGAUCGUCGCGUUCCCGCUGGCGGGCGGGGGCGCGGGCGGCACCAUGGCGGCGCUGGGCCCCGACUCCUGGUGGAAGAAGACGCUGUACCUGACGGGCGGCGCGCUGCUGGCCGCCGCCGCGUACGUGAUCCACGAGCUGCUGGCCAUACGGAAGGAGGAAGAGCUCGAUUCGAAAGAUGCUAUCAUACUGCACCAGUUUUCAAGGCCUACCAAUGGUGUUCCAAGUUUGUCUCCGUUCUGUCUGAAAAUGGAAACUUACCUGAGGAUGGCUGACCUGCCCUACCAGAACUAUUUUGAUGGAAAACUUUCCCCUCAAGGGAAAAUGCCUUGGAUUGAAUACAAUCACACUCAAGUAUCUGGCACUGAGUUCAUUAUUGAUUUUUUGGAAGAGAAACUUGGAGUGAAUUUGAAUAAACACCUUGGUCCACAUGAAAGAGCUGUUUCCAGAGCUGUGACAAAAAUGGUGGAAGAGCACUUGUACUGGACUUUAACUUAUUGCCAGUGGGUGGAAAAUCUUCAUGAGACACAGAAGAUGGUUUCGCUUUUUGGCCCCUUCAGCGACUUGCUGAAAUGGAUCCUGUGCCAUCUGACCAAAGGGAUCGUGAAGCGGGAGAUGUUUGGCCAUGGCAUUGGCCGCUUCUCAGAGGAAGAGAUGUACACGCUGAUGGAGAAGGACAUGCGGACUCUAGCAAGCCUCCUGGGUGACAAGAAGUACAUUAUGGGACCAAAGAUUUCCACUGUUGAUGCCACUGUCUUUGGGCAUCUGGCACAGGCAAUGUGGACGCUGCCAGGGACUCGGCCAGAGAGACUAAUCAAAGGUGAACUGAUUAACCUUGCUAUGUAUUGUGAAAGAAUAAGGAGGAAAUUUUGGCCAGAAUGGCACCAUGAUGAUGAUAACACUCUGUACGAAUCUGAGGAAAGCAGCGAAGCAAGCAAAACUUACUCCCCUUUGCAGGAUUUCAGUUUUUAUUCAAGGACAGAAACCUUUGACGAGGAAGGGAACAGUAUCUCUCAAACCCCUGACACGGAUUACACUGGACACUCCCUCUUUGAUUCGGAUGUGGACAUGGAUGAAUACAGAGAUUAUGAGCAACGCAAGUGAUGCAUACAGGCAAAUCCCAUUUUACAGACAAGCUGUUUCUUGGGAUCAGUCUGAUUUGUCUUCUCCUCCAGGUCAGAAAGAAGUUUAUACCACUUCGGAAGAGACCAUUGUGCUUGUGCUCAGCUGUCACAUGCUACCUGGACUAUUUCAACCUUAUUUCAUUUUGUGUAACUGUUCAGGUGGAACCAAGGUAAAGAGUUAUUUAAAACAAACAUGGGCAAACUGGAGGUCCAGAGGGCAACAGGACCUUUCAAUGACUUACAUUUUUGUUUGUGUUCAAAACCAGAUCCCGCAGUCAGGUGGGACAGACCUCUGGGAAGUGGAGCAUUUGUCAGAGCUAGUUUGUGUUGAUGCAUUCUCUUUACAGGAAUGCGUUGAGGACAAAAAUGGAAGAAGCAUGAUUGGUACACCUUUCUCCCAAGGAAGAAAAUGAUUGAUGCUGUGUUGAAAAGGACCUUGGGGUGUGGGUUGACGGCCGGCUGAACGUGAGCAGCAUCCUGGCUUGUAUCAGAAGUAGCGUGGCCAGCAGCACUAGGGAAGUGAUGGUCCUCUUGUACGUGGCACUGGCGACAAAUCCUGUGUUCAGUUUUGGGCCCCUCACUGCAAGAAAGACACUGAGGUGCUGGAGAGUGUCUGAUUCCUGCCUAAAGAAGAGCAAUGAAUCUGGCGAAGGGCCUAGAGCACAAGUCUUACAAGGAACAGUUGAAGGAACUUGGGAUUGUUUAGCCUGGAGAAAAGGAGGCUUGGGGGAGACCUUAUUGCUCUCUACAACUACCUGAAAGGAGGUUGUAGUGAGGAGGGUGUCAGUCUCUUCUCACAAGUAACAAGUGACAGGACAGGAGGAAAGAUCUUCAAGUUGUGCCAGGGGAGGUUUAGAUCGGAUAGGAAAAAAUUCUUCACCGAAAGGGUUGUCAAGCAUUGGAACAGGCUGCCCAGGGAAGCGGUGGAGUCACCAUCCUUGGAGGUAUUUAAAAGACGUGUAGAUGUGGCACUCGGGGACAUGGUUUAGUGGUGGACUUGGUAGUGCUAGAUUAACAGUUGCAUUCGACGAUCUUAAAGGUCUUUUCAAACCUAAGGAAUUCUAUGAUUCUAUGAUUUGGUAGAGUUCUGGGAGGGUUUUAUUUGAUAGCUACUUAUACUCUGGGUGCAUAUAUUAUUACAGUGUCCGCGGGAAAGAACUGCUCCCAGUUCUGUUGGAGACAGUCAAGGAGGACAAGAGGAAAAUAUUCCUACAGAAAGAAGCUUUUAGUGUUUCUUGUUCUUUGCAAAAGAUUGAAAUUGCUACUCUAGAAUAUUUUUAUUCAGGAGGGAAAUGCCAGUUCUAUUCUAUAAUCUCCCAAACACUCAUCUGGAAUGUGUGUUGGCUGAAUUUCUUCUGUGUUUUCAAGUUGUUAUUAUGUUUUUACUUCCUGCCCCUGGGUUUUGCCUGCUAUUGCAAGGCAAGGCUAAAGAAUUGGGAUUUGUUACUAAACGUCUGGUGUGUCUCAGCAGUGGGUGCUUUGUGCUCUUUACCAACAGACACAUCAAAGCCAUGGAGCUUGCAAAGCAAUUUGGGGUAUUUCUAGGCGUGGGAUGCUGUGUAAAUGCAGGAUGUUGGCCCCGGCAGUCAGAUGCUUUAGAGCUGUUAGGAAGGUGCUUCAGGGGGUGCUGGGCGCUGUGCUGGCUUACAGUGCAGUCUCUAAAGCUGACACACAGGAAGCAGUUGAGGUAGGACAGCAUCCCUUUUCAGAAUCAAGCCACACUGUAUGAAAAAUGGGAAGAGCUAAGGAGGAGAUUUGCCGUCUGUGGAGAUUUCCAGGUGCUUAAAGAGUGACCAGAAUUGAUUUUAAGGUGCCUGUGCUAGCACACACAUGAUUCUGGAACCCCAAAUACAGAAUGAUUGCACAGGUGCUGAAAUGCUUUGUGUGUGUGUCUCCCUAAAUGCAGGUUAGAGCUGAGAAUGAAUCCAUUGGAUUUACUCACCGCUUUGAAGGCAAGCAUUUCCAUCACUGUUGCUUGCCCAUGACUACUUGGUGUUAAGAUAAAGCAUAUAGAACAUAUAGACAGCUAUGGUAUUUGUAAACAUGCAUAUACAAUUGGAUAUUUGCUUGCAGAUGUUGAUGAUGGUCUGUUCAGAAAUAUUUUAAUUAUGACUUUCAAUGAUUUAUAGUUAGAUUAAUCAGGAUCCCACAGCAAAAUUGUUACAAUGUGUUGGUUGUGCCAUACAUUCUGGGAGCAGAUGGGGCAGAAAACUGCUUUAGGAUGUUAAUUGUUGGUAGUCCUAAUAGUCUGGAGCUUGAAAUGAUUCCAGCUUUCAAAGAAUACCUCUCUUUCUCAGAUCAUGGGAUGUCUUCUGCAGAGGAAAGCGCUUGCUCUGGGCAAACACAGAGCUAGCUGUGGCUCUGAAAGCAGGUCUGCAGUGAGUUCCUGGGACCGUUCAUGCGUGGGAACCACCACAGCAAGAGCUGAGAAGUUUGGUGUGGUCUGAGAGGGGUGUGAAUUUGCGUCUGUUAUCUCAAUUCCCCAGUGAUGCCCUUGGAGCCAUGUUCUGUGGUUGUGGGCAAGUAUCAUUUUCAAAGUGAACUGAAACUGACAAGGAGGAAGAUAUCAUCCAGUUACUUGGGUCCCUUCUCAGGAAAUUAAGGACAAGAAUAGGGCACAAGAAGGUCUUGGGCUUGAAAGCACAGAGGUGAUGGCCUGAAAUGCUUGUGAAAGUUAGGGCAGAUUCUACCUGCAAGAAUGUAGGUACUGGUAUUCUAGAUGAGACAAACAUGUGAAAAAGCUCCUCUUUAAAAACAUUUGUGUGUUGGAAAUUCUGAUGGAGAUGUUCUCAGUCAUUUAUUCAUGCACGUUUGAAGGCUGUGCUUUCUCGACGUUGGAAGGGUGUGCUUGCAGCAGGUGAGUCCAGUUAUAAGACCAGCCUGAGUUCAGCGGACGGUAUCACCUUUAUCAUUUCGGACGGCUGACACAUCUGUCUGGCUGCUGCCCUUGCAACAUCCCAAAAUGCAGGUUAACCAGAAGUCAGCAAUGUCAUUUCCCCUCUUGUGAGCAUGCAGCCAGAUCUGGAUUUUGCACGGCCACACGCAGCAGUGUUCAUGGAGACAGGAGAUGCAGUGCAGUGCACAGCUGGUGUCAUGCUUGGAGCUGCUGCCACCAUGGGGACCUGCACCGAGGAUGUAGGUGCUUCCCAAGGCUGUGGUUAUGUUCACCCCUGGCAUUUCUUGCUGUUGUUUUGAGUAAUUGGUGUACUUUAGUGGAGGCUGAGCCUAUCCUGGCCAGCCACAUAAGGGGCUUUGCUGCUGGGGAGGGUGAAGAAGAGAGGAUUGGAAGGGGUUGCAGAAGAGGAAGUGGGGUUUUGCUGUCAGCUGAGUUUUUUCAGGUUGUUAUCAGUGAGGUUACUAUUUUGCAGAUUGUCACAUGCUUUCCCUUUCUGAGGGACUGCUCACGUUACUUUAGAGAAGUUGGCUUUCCUGUCGUGACAGCUGUUCUUCAUAAAGUCAUCAAUUUUGGGCUUGACCGUGUUUCCAGCUAGCGGUGAAAUAAGGAAAUGGCAUCUCUGUAGGAAUUUAUAGGUGUAGUAUUUUGUCCAGGUUUGGUGGAAAAUCCUUGGGUUUAUUUAUCCCUUCUGGAAACAAAACUAACUGCUAGACCUUUUGAAAAGGAUCUAAUGCAAGCCUUUUUCUUUUGGAAACUGGUCUUGGUAAAGUGUUCUGUGGGGGGGGGAACCCCCAAACAACAACUUCUAUAACUUCUGGGAAAAAGUGUUAGUUCAUCUUGGUUUGCAUUGGGAAAGAGAAGAUGAGUUUUCUUCAAAAAAACCCCAAAACAACCCAAAAAAACCCCCAAAAACCAGAACAGAUUUUUUUGUCUUUCCAAAAUUCUGCUAAAAGAGCAACGUUCUUUUAGUCCUA